AUGUCCGCAAAUAGAGUCAUGAAGCUGGCUUCAGAAAAACAAUUCAGAUGCACCAUUUGUGACCGCUUGUUUACUCGCGUUGACCACCUUAAACGUCAUCAGCUCCGCCCGAUAACUUGCGCGAUCAUUAUCAAGAUUGCCCCCAGCGAGGAGAUCGACACAUACCGGAGACUAGCCAAAGAGGCAGGAGGCGUCACGCGUGUGAAUCAGAAAUGCACAUCCAUGAAGUUACGGUGCGAUGGGAGUUCUCCUUGUGGUGCAUGUGUGAAGAGAAAUAUUCCGUGUACUCGUCACCGUUCAAAAUCAGGCGAUGACAGUGAAACUCGGACCGCCUCGACGAAAUCCGAUGAUUUUGAUCAGACUUAUGAGAGAGGCUCAGUCAAGUUCCUUCUCAAUGGAGGUACAGACAGCUUCACAAAAGGCUUUCACCUCCCUUCCCGCUAUGAUAGGGCUCCGGUGCUCUCCUGGGCUGACAACAAUCAAAAUCAUAACGUCGGCCACAUGAACGAGACCGUUAACACCCAAUCACCCUUAGGCAUGCAAAAUAGCACACAUACCCAUCAUCCAGUAUCGGUAUCGGGCAUCGAAAGUCAGCCUGUUGAUGUGGCAUUUUACAAUGACGGAUUUCUUCAAUUUUUCAAUGGCGGAUACAAUAUUGGUCCGCGCUUACAGCCUGAUCCAACCCCAACAACAUUUACCCAUGCCCAAACUCCCGCAAAUUCCAUUCAAGCGCUUCCCCUAGCGCCGUCGACAGAGCAAUAUUUUGAACACGAGAGCCCCUAUUCGACGAACUUGAUAAAUUCAAUCCUGUCGAAAUGGUGGACUCUUGAAAUGGACGAUGUUACACCAAUUGCUAUUUCUCAGGAAUUGCGAUAUCUCUUAACUACACAAAGAAUCCACAAAUUUGUUUCCCUCUACUUUCGGAACUGGCACAAAAACUGUCCAAUGAUGCACCAGCCGUCGUUUGAUUCGGAGACGGCCAAUCCGUAUUUGCUUGCUGCUGUUGUCCUUAUGGGGGCAAUAUAUUCUGACAACGCGAACGAAAGGAUCACGGCGAAAAGGCUGCUAGAUCUAGUCGAGGCGUUUAUAUUUUCCACGGAAGUAUUUUCUCAAGAUUUCGAAAUUGCUCAAUCAUACAAGGCGCCUCAUGCCCAACUGGAUAUAAAAACAGACUGGAGGACCUUUCAAAAUUUCCAAGCGGGAUAUCUGAUUUUUUUGGUUCAGUAUUGGGGAGGAAGUAGAACUGCAAGGAAUCGAAUGGUGCAGAUUCGGUUGGGGGAGGUGGUCAAGAUUGCACGCCAAAUGCUACUGACAAAAUGCCGACAUGACCUGGAGGACCAAAUGAGCGAAUAUCUUUGGCUUCAAAAAGAGUGCCGGAUAAGAACCAUGAUCGUCAUAUCAAUGAUCGACUCUGCAAUGCCGUUUUAUCAAAAUUAUCCUUCGAGGUUGACGAACAUCGAACUUCAAUGUGACUUGCCCUGUCAAGAAACCUAUUUUGCAGCACGGAAUCCGUUUCUGGAGCCUGACUUUCGGCUUAGCCGGGGGAUGACGGUAUACCAGGCCUUCCAAAGCCUUUUUGUGGAGCAAGGAUCUGUCCGUCCGCUAUUCGUUCACCGCGGGACAAACAUUCUGCAUUUGGGAAUAAUGGAUAUGUUCCUUCUCAUUCAUCAAAUCUACUCCUAUAUCCAUAUGCACAUGAACCUUUUGAUGCCGCUAUUAGGAAAACGGAACUCAAAUCAACCUGAAUGCGGGACUGUCACUCGGAUCAAGCUUGCUCUUGAACACUGGCGAUCGCUAUGGAUCUCUCUUCGUGCCGAGCUACCCAAUUGUGAAUGGGAGAGGGUGGGUUUCUUCAAAGGAGCCUACAAUUUCUGGCUCGUAUCGCAGUUGCUUAUUAGUAAGGAUGCUGCGGUGGAUAUCCUCAUGAGAAUGGACGUCAACUGCGAAGAUAAACUGAGCCAGCUGAAGGCCCUUCUACCUGAUGACAACGAUUAA